ACAACUUGGAUGCUCUCGGAAAAAACAGAGAAAACACAGAGGGAGCGAACGAGAGAGAGAGAGAGCGGUGGAAAAGCAGAGAGAAUUUCCCUUCACGAAAAACGACGAAGAAACGAAGGAAAGCCGAGCACGAAGCACUGGCAAUUGUGGACGGUGAUUUUGGUAGCAAGCUGGGCAGCGAUGAAAGCGCCAGCGGACGGCGUUCAGUUAGGAUGUGCAGUUCCAGCGGUGCGAACGUGUCCCGGGCGCGCCAAUUGGCCAAGUAGCCGACACCAGCCUAAAGAGCCAACCAAAUUCAGCCGGAAAGGCAACAGUUUUUGUUCAAAAAGACCAACGCCGAAAUAUGCCAACGCCUGACUGAGGGCCGAAAUCGCGGGUCGCGCGUUUUUGUGUAAAUAAACAGAAAUUAGAGAAAAUCACAAGAAAUCAGACGAAAUCAAAUCAAAUAUCAAGCGAAACAAAAACAGCUUUCAUUGGCGCAUCUAUCUGUCAGAGAGAUCCGUACAAUUUAUUUUUCGGUUUCAGUGAAAAAGCGCACGCUAUUCAAUUAAGCGUUAAUGCCAGCGGGCGCAAUGUCUGACUGAUGAGUCGGCCAGCAGCGGACCCGUAACGCAUACGCCAUGUGAGCCGGAUCGAUGGGAUCGCUUUCCGGCCAAGCCACAAUGCCAUCCUUCUGUAAAUAGCCAGCAGCCUUUUUGUACUCGCGUCUCUGUCAUGUGUCCGUGUAACCGCCACUGUACAUACUGUAGACUCUAAUUGAUUAAGCCACAAUAAAAAACCACAAAAAGAUCUCGAAUCGAAGCAAAACAAAACAAACAAAACCAAGCAUAAAAAAAAAUAAAUAAAAUAAAUAAAAUACGUAGAGGAAGAAGCGCGCGUUUUUGCCACAGAACGCGAACGCGCCACACACAAGUUUCGGUGCAAAACGGGUAUAAAUAAUCGAAAUAAUAGUCGAAUGCUAUGCUAUAUGCUACAUGCUAUAUGCUGUAUGCCAUAGGAAUAAGUUAAAUUAUUAGGAUUAAUUCGGUUGGAAUUUCGCGCGCAAUAAGAUUUAAUUGUAAACACGGGCAGCAUGGGACCAAUCAGACUCUAGAGCUGGCCAAGCAUCCGCAGAGUUAGUUAGAGACGAAAGCAGUUCACGAUGGACUACAGCCGGCUGAAUGCGAACAUCAAUACGGGCAACAUCAGCACCGAUGACUUUCUGGCCGUGUUCACGACCGGAAGGCCGGACACCAAUGCCACCCUCAAUCCGCCCCUGCUCAGUGUCGACGGGCAGCUGACCCUGCUCCCGGGAUCGGCAUUAGGAUCGGGAUCGGGAUACAUCAAUGUGAAUGACACGAUAUUUUUGCUGAAUGGCAGCUUGUACAACAGCAGCCUGCAGCUGGCGGCGGGAUAUUAUAAUCAGAGUGGCGGGGCAGGGGCGACAGCGGGCAAUCUGACCAAUCCGAAUCAGACAGAAGUGCACUGGGAUGGACGAUAUCCCAGCGGCUACACGCUCACCCACAUCGUGAUUGCCUCCAUAAUCGUGACCAUCCUGAUGAUCAUCAUCGUGGUGGGCAACAUGCUGGUAAUCAUAGCCAUUGCCACGGAGAAGUCGCUGAAGAACAUACAGAACUGGUUCAUCGCCUCGCUGGCGGUGGCCGACUUCUUCCUGGGCCUCAUCAUCAUGCCUUUCUCGCUGGCCAACGAGCUGAUGGGCUACUGGAUCUUCGGCAGCUGGUGGUGCGACAUCCACUCGGCAAUGGACGUGCUGCUCUGCACCGCCUCGAUCAUGAACCUGUGCCUCAUCUCGCUGGACCGCUACUGGAGCAUAACCAAGGCCGUCGAUUAUCUCAAGUCGCGGACGCCGGCGCGGGCUGCCGUCAUGAUCACGGCUGUCUGGAUAAUGUCCGCCCUCAUCUGCAUUCCGCCGCUGCUCGGCUGGAAGGUGAAGAUGCCGGAGGGACCGCUGCCCAAGUGCGAGCUGAGCGAGGACAUUGGCUACGUGCUGUACUCGGCACUGGGCUCCUUCUACAUACCCAGCUGCAUUAUGGUCUUUGUGUACAUACGAAUUUACUUUGCCGCCAAGGCGCGGGCGAGGAGAGGCAUUAAAAAGCAUCCCCGCAAAACAAACAACGAACAGGUAACAAGCUUCACCACCGCCAAGAAAGGAACAAUACCGAUGCCCUCCUCCAGCGGCGCGUCCGCUCUGCAGCUGCACCAGCAGCGCCAGAUAGCCACCAUCGAGACACCACCGAACAGCGCCAGCCUGCCGAUGCAGAUUCCCACGGUGACCAUGGACCUGGCCUCGGACAUCUCCACAUCGGAGGCGGGGGAGCUGGAGGCGGUGGCCGCCCAAACGGUGCUGGCCUACGCCAAUCCCAAUGGGUCGGGCUCGAAUGCGGUCACCGUGGUGAGCAGCGGGAAUGGUGGAGGAGGAGGAGGAGGAGGUGGAGGAUUACCACCCACCUCGCCCAAGGAGACGCUGCAGGUGAGCACGAUAGCCACCGGUCGGGUGGGCCUCAAUGUGCCCGUGCCCCCCUCGAUGGGCAGCAACAACUCCAUCAAUGCGCUGAACAACAACAACGGCAGCGUGGCCAUGGACGGCGGCACAGCACCCGGUGGCGCCGGGGGCAAUGGGAGUGCAGGGGCGGCGACAGGGGGACUGCAGACGGGCGGCAACGAGCUGCGCGUCUCGCCGAUCGCCGGACGGUGUCGGGCCUUAUCCGUGGGCGUGGACACGGACAUGGUGAGUGAAUUCGAUCCAUCCAGCAGCGAUUCGGGCGUGGUCAGUCGCUGUGCCGUGGUCAAGCCGCUCAAGUUUCGCCUUUGCCAGCCGAUCUUCGGGCGGAAGUCAAAUAACCAGCAGCGUCGCAACGAGGCCAAAGCGGCGGCCAAAAACCAGCAGCCCGCUGCAGCGGCCGCCAAAAACCAACAUCAACAGCAACAACAGCAGCAGCAGCAGCAUCAGCAUGUGGUGAAGGCGGAACUGGAGCCGGCCAUACCGAAGACGCCAAAGCCACGGGAUCCGGAGAAGGAGAAGCGGAGGAUUGCGCGGAAGAAGGAGAAGCGGGCCACCCUGAUCCUGGGCCUGAUCAUGGGCAGCUUCAUCGCUUGCUGGCUGCCGUUCUUCUUCCUGUACAUCCUGGUGCCGGCAUGUAGCAGCCACUGCAACAUACCGGAGUCGGCCUUCGCCGUCGCCUUUUGGCUGGGCUACAUGAACUCGGCCCUCAAUCCGGCCAUCUACACCAUCUUCAACAAGGACUUCCGACGCGCCUUCCGGCGCAUCCUGUUCAAGUGAUGUUUGGCCUACGUGUGCUGUUACAGGUGCGUUUACGCCAGCAUCGAGAAGGCAACCGAACGUGCCAUGGGCAGCACACCCAUGGGCUAUGGUCAUGGCAUGUAUCAGCACUACAGGCGUUAGAUUUGCUUCGUUUUGGUUAUGCCAUAGGCCUCCCCUCCCAGAUCCCAUUCCCACUCCCCAGAGCUGCAAAACAAUCGACAGCACUGUCAAUCUGUUACUCAUCUUAUCUAAAAAAAAAAAUAGUAAUAACAAUAUUUUUUAACUUUGAUUUUAAAAAUACGAACUAUAAUAUCGAUAGUUCCUGCUAUCGAAUUAAUCGACAUACUCCGUUUGCCCGUUAGCUCCUGCUAUCGAAAUAAUCGACAGUACUGACAAUCGAUCGUUUUGCAACUCUAGCCACACCCAUUCGCUAAACCCUUUUCCCCAGCUUUCUUUGAAUUUUUUGUUUGUAGAAAAAAGUAACGAACAUUGUAGCUCAUUUCAAAAGCAAUGAACGGCUGUGAAUUUGAUGGAAUCUCUCAAUUUCAAUUUACGCAUUUUGGUUUCGUUUCGUUUGGUUUCUCGAGCACCCUUGAGCCCAGAACCCAGAACCCAGAGACCCCAAUCCCAGAGGCCACCCCUUAGCCCGCUGAACCCCAACGCCGCCCACACACUUUUCACACUCGACGAGCUCAUAGAAAUGCAUGAGCUGUGCAAACAAGAAUUUGAGCUGGGCAAACAUCUAUUAUGCUCCCUGAAUGGAUGUGUCCGCCUGCGACGUCUAUGGCCAUUCAACUUGAAAUAAUUUCGCAAAUUUCCAUUUGCGGCUGCAUUGCCAAUGCCGAACUUCAGUGCAGUCUGCAAGUGUGUCAGGAGUCAGGUAACCCUAACCCGUGAUCCCCUCGGGCCACUAGACCACCAUUGUUGUGCGUUGGCCAUCACAAUCGAGGUCAACAAGUGUGCGUUGCAGUUGCAGAAUGUUGGCAGCAAAUUAAUUUAAUUUCUUUUUAAUAUUUUUGGCAACCGCUUAUCCACUUCCACUACUUCAGCGAAACUCUCAGCGUCAGGGCGCCUGCGAUUGCGAGCUGCAUUUGGCUGGCGGCCAAAUCAAUAAUUCCAUGUACACAUAAAUGUAACUAUAGUCUAGCACAACGGCCGCACAAUUUGGCGUAACGAAGUGAGCAGAGCACACAGCAAUGGGAACAGAAACAGAAACAGCGACAGCCGCAGCUUUAUGCAUUCGCUCAAAGAUAUUUCACUCAGCGACACAGAAAGUGGGAGCCCUGAAAAAAUAAACCAAAUGUAUGGGAACCAAUGCCUAAUGGGCACAGAUAGAUGCAAAUACUAAUGGUUGGCUUCUACACUUAGAAAUCUCUUAGUCACUUUGUGAUUUAGUAAAAUGUUAUUAUAUUUUGGCACUAAUUUGUAUAAACAAUUCCUAAAUAAUUAUCUUUUCAAUAUAGGUAAAACAUUUAAACUUAAAACUCAAGUUUUCGAUGUACCUGACUAACGGCAUUUACUAAGUUUUUUUGGAAUCUUGUUAGAGUAAUCGAUUAAAGUUGUGAUUUGACUUAUAUGUUGACAGGGUGCUGUUAAAGCUCCAACAAAUACAUUUAAUACCCAGUAAAAUAGCAUUUUUAUGUUUAUUUAACCCAGCUUUUUUGUAGUGAAGAUAAAGAUCAAUUAAAUAUUUAAGUUUUCCAUUAGCAGGCAUUAAAAAUAUUUAUUCUAUUCUAGCAUUAAAACUUUUUUUAAAACAUUUAAUACUUGGUAAAAAAACAUAUUUUGUAUUGAGGAUAAAGAUCAAUUCAAUAUUUUAAUUUUCCAAAAGCAGGCAUUACAAUUAAUUGUUAUUUUAGUUUAUCUAAAAAAUUUUACUUGUGUGUUUAAUUUUACAUAUACAAUUUGAGACAUUAUUUUUUGUCGUGCACCUUUCACCAUUUUCUCCACCAUUUCCCACUUUAGUUUUUGGCUAUGCAUCAGCAAAUGCAUGCGCCCGGCCGAGUGGAAUAGACAGCCCGUCACCCAGUCAGUCAGGCAUUCAGUCAGUCAUUCAGUCAGUCAUUCAGUCAGUCAUUCAGUCAGUCAAAGGGACGGACAGUCGUCACUGAAACGCUACAAUGACACCGAGUUAGACGAAGAUGGAGACAGAUGAGCGGCCGGGGAGAGGGGGGCGGACAGACAGACUCUGUUUUUGGCAUGUGGCCCAGAAUGGCUCUCCAUUUCGUUUGACUGGUUGGGCUUGUUUUGCUGGCCAAAGCCAAAAAAUGCCAAAGGAAAAAUAUAUACGUAGUUCGGCCCAGAACCCAUACAAACACGGACCGUCAGGCCGACAGUCUAUGCAUAAAUUUUACGUGCAAUUUAUUUUACUUCCUGUGUGAUGGCUUUGUCUCUCAUAUUUUUUGGACACUUUGUGGCAAGGUGCAACUAAAUCUGCGAGCCACCUGUGACCACUAUUGGCCACGCCCAGCAAAUUGUAAUCUGCUUAGAGCAAUCUUUAGUCUUCAAUAUACCAUCUGUUAUCACCUUGUUUUAUGACACCAAAUAUUUAUGGCAGCUCUUAGCAUCGUCCGACCUUUCAACACAUGUCUGCCGAGCCGAAGAUUGAUCAGAUUUAUAGUUUUGGCCAUAGGCUAAGUGCUUGUGGUUGCCGAAGACCUCUUAAAAUUGCUGAAGAACGCAUAAAUAAUGUGACCGAGAUCGACCAUGUGCUCAGGCUGUGCUCAGGGAUGUGUUCCAUUUGAAUAAAUGGAAAUCGACGCAGGAACUUUGAUGGUGUUGAAAGACAAACACCGAAGGCUUUCGGUGCCUGCAUUUUUUAUGGAUCACACAGCAUCCUGCUGAACGUUUUGGCAUUGUCAGCAAUGUGUGUACAACAACUGCACUCAAAUGACAAUUUGAACAACGACAGAAAGUCCAACAAUAACAGCUACAACAACAAGCUAAAUGGUAGAACAAAAAAAAGGACCGUCGUGCACAAAGCGAAAUCGAAAACAAUUGAAAUCGACAGCAAGGGAAAAGCGAGUGGUGGUGGUGCUGCAGGUGGUGCAGCAGGCACAUUAAAAUGCGCGACGUACACAGAGAGUUGUACAAAUUUUAGGAAACAUUUUUGUAAAAAUUCCUUUGAAUUUUCUAAUCUAAAUUGCAAUUUUUCGAAAGAUUUUCCAACUAGAAGGGUUAUUAGGGAUGUAAAAUUGGAACUUAGAACUUAUAUUUUUGUGAAUAUUAUAAAUGUAUGAUCAAUUAAUUUAUGUAGAAUUUUAAGUUAUCUAGGAAUUUAUAUUUUAAAAUAAUUUGUAAAGUACAAUUUUUUGACUACAUAUUUUCUUCAAUGUAAACACAAAUACAGGCCAUACACACACAGCACUUAACUGCACUUAGGUACGACAGCCAGAUGAGUGUCGAACGGCAUUCCACGAAUGGCAUUGUUUCGCCAGCACACUGAAAGUCAUUUUCACUUAAAGCGUAAAAAGCUGCCAGGCAUUUUAGACCAUCCGACCAAAACGCAAAGUCGUCCUUUGUGCUGUCUAAAUUUUUUGGGGGAACCGCUAAGUUGAAUUUACUAGAGACCAUUAAUAAAAAUGCAGUUAACGUCGCAAUUAGCAAUCACCAUAAAUUAAAUGCUUGACAACAAUUUAAAAUUUAUCAUUACAAGAGUAGACAAACAAAAAACAAAUAAAGCGCAUAAAAAUGGGGGAAAAAGCAUGUUGAAUAAUUCGGUGCUAUUUAAAUAAAUUCCCAUAAUUGAAUUAUGAGCUUUGGAAUGCAAUUUUUGUUGCUUUGUUUGCCUUAAUUGUUUCGAGUCAACAAGGGAGUGGUCUUAAUUCAAGUAAAUAACAAAAAUUAGCGUUAAGCAUUUGCAAUAAUAACACAAAAACAUUUUAGAUUACUGUAGUGUUAUUGUUUCACUUGUGUUUUUUUUUUUUACAUUUUAAUUCCGAGUGCCAGAGGCCACAAAUUCGUUUGUGAAAUUUAAUUAUUUAUAGCGUAAAAUGCGUAAUUAGAAUUUGCAUUUCUGUCAACAUCUAUUUCGGCGCUAUGCAAUAUAUGCCAUAAGCCAAUUUAAUGCCUGAUUAACUUGGCAAAUUUCAGAGGUAUUUAUAGAAAAUCGGAUAGGCAAGGAUAAGGUACUUUAAAUGCAUGCCUGUUUGCGGUUGCGGCAUUUUCAGAGUAUUUUGCAACUGAUGGUAAAUAUUUAGUUGCAUUUUUUGGAAAUUACUGUCUAUCAUGAAGAGAAAUGUUUAUUUAUGCGUAACCUUUGCCUAAAUCCGCUAUUCAAAAUUACAAUAAUAGCAAAUAAAUGGCCACACUUAAAUAAAUUCGCAUAAAAGCAUCAAAGCCAUCAAUAAAACGGCGUUCACUUUCGUUUACGAUCCACCCACAUGAUAAACACGUGAAAUGUGCAAACAGGGAAUUGCAUUGUUGCCAAAAUCGCUUGAACGCUUCGUCGGCGACCGGAAUUUUCGAGGGUCUGUGAUAUACAUAUAUUUUUGAAACGCUCUUGGAGCAAUUAUCGUGACCAUUAGGCUGCAGGCGCAUGAAUCACAAAAAUGCCGCUUGCUGGCCUGCAUAUUAAUUAAUAAAGUAUAAAAGCCAUAAAUGUAAAACUCAUAACGACAAAUGUUGGACCAUAAAUAUGCACUUAGGUAUUUAUGCGCAUUGACAGCAUGAAUAUUUAUGAGGCAAUGACGACAGCUACAGCGGCCAUUAAAAUGCGCCCCCCGUUGAUUAAUUGGAAAAGUUGAGUUGGUUCGGUUGGUUGUUGGUUCGGUUCAACGGGUCGUAUGCUUGACGCUUUUUCCUCCCUUUUUGUUUUCCUGAAAAUACCGCCCAAAACUAAGCAAAUCCAAUGCCUGUCUUCAGAGGACUUUAUUUGUUACCCAUUAGAUAAGCCAUGCGACCAUCUAAGUUCAAGUUUUGAGGCUUGUCUUUCAAAACCAAAAAAUUACAAUGACUGAAAUGUUUAAUGAAAUUAUUUUAUUAUAAAAAACUAAAACCAAACAAAUCGCAAGUAACUUAAACGUAUUUCAAUAUUAAAACUUAAACUUUUUGCUAAUUGUAAACUAGACACAAAUAUUUAUAUAUAUAAAUAUUAAUGAUAAAUUAACAGAUAUAUAUAUUAAAGUUGAAUUUUGAAAUUAGAUAAAUGCAAACGGCGGGUAUUCGAAUAGUUCAGAUAUAUUUAAAAUUAUUUAUAGUUGCCGAUAAAUAGAAACGUUUACUCAUUUAAUUGUAUCGUACGACAUAUGCAUAGCAAAAUUUUUAACUCAUGUUCUCAUAUAUGUCUGUUCCACCUAGUUGUGCGUAGAUCAAAUAUGAGCAAAACAAAAUAAAUACCACCAGAUAAUAUCGCUAGAUAAUUCAUGGAUACGAAAACAUGUGUACAGUCUGCGAGUAUCCAUAUGAACUAUAUAUCAAAUCGAGCGGUAAAAAAUCAAAUUUCGGAAAACGACGGAAUAAA